CCCCUGCUGGUCCGGAGGGUGAAUCAGAUAUACAUAUAUAUAUUUAUCUCUAUUUAUAUUAUUAUAAUAUAAUAUAAUAUAUAUAUAGCGGCUGUCUGCUCGCGCAUGCGCGCUGGGCAGAGCUGGUUGCCAUGGUGACUGUACACAUCCGCUGGACUCGGAGCCGUUUGUCUCGUCCGGAUCAUCUGAACGCGAGGACACAAACAAACAACAAACAACAAACAGUCGUCAUCAUGACAGCAGGAGCGGUGUCAGCUCCGCUCAUCAUUCCCAUCAUCCACCUGCAGUCACACAGAGUGAAGAACCACAUCGACACCACCACACCUGUCUCCAUCCAGUCAGACACUCGUGGAGCGUCGAUCUUCUACACUCUGGAUGGAUCGAGGCCGGCGGCGGUGCAGCGGGGGUCGGCGGGCAGCGGCAGGAAGUACAGCGAACCCAUUCUGCUGCCUGCUGGUCGGGUGGCUGUCAGAGCUGUAGCGGUCACCAGUGACGGCAGAGAGAGCUCCACAGUGACGAAGGUUUUCUCGGUUGAACUUGUGGACGGAGGGAACAGGAGGGAGAACGAGGAGAACUUCCUGCAGAGCGACCAGCAGUUUUCUUUUCAGCGCCCGUCUGAAGGAACUUCGUGGAUCGCUGAGAACUCUGCUGGUUCCUCACUGAGGCCUCCAGAGCCGAGGAUGAUGGGUAACGCCUCUCUUCAAUCAGGUCCUCGUUUUCUGAGCAGUCGAUUGGACUCUCCGACCACCGCGGCGCAAACUGGAACUUCCCGACGUUCCCAGUCAGCGAAUUCAGGUGUGCUGAAGCAGCCGAGCAACACGCAGACGUCCCGAAUCCACAGAGAGACCAACUUCCCGCGGUGUGCUCAGUGUUUGAGUCUUCGCACGUCAGAUCCAUUUGCUCGGUUCUGUGCUCAGUGUGGUGCUGCAGUUCCUCCGUUACCUGAUCAGAGACUGCCCCCUGCUGAGGGAGGACAGGCGGUUUGCUGUGUGUUCUGUAACACUCUGGUUCCUGUGAGCGCUCACAGCUGUUUAAUCUGUGAAGCCUCCGUCAAUCAACAGCUACAACCACAGGGCAGCCUCACACUGCAGGAUCAUCUGCUGUGUGUUUGCUGUGGAAGUGGAAAUCCAGCUCACGUCUCCACCUGUUUGACCUGCGAGAGCCACCUGCAGCCGAAGGUGUGUGUGGGGAACAGCGCCCCCUCUGUCCCGCCAGCGGACGGCAGGAAGUUGUCCUGCUCCAGAUGUAAACGUUUGAACCGCGGUGAUGCCAGAUACUGCGACUGGUGCGGCUCGAAGCCUGGUCACGCAGUCAGCUGUGUGAUUUGUUGGCGAUGCGGAGCGAGUGGACACCCGUACGCCUUUCACUGCGCAGCCUGCGGCGUCUUCCUGGAAGCACCGGCCCCGCCCACAUCGCACCGUGACAUCACAGGACCUAAUGGGGCCGCCAACCGGGUACGCUGCACCUGGCAGACCACACCCUCCUCUGACUCCGCCCCUAAAGUGGAGGUGAUCACGCCCACUGCAGAGAACUACACGCAGACUGUUGGACUCUAUUACCCAUCAGCCACUGAGCUGCAGAGGAAAGAGCAACAGAAGGAGCUAGAAGUCAGCAGACAGCAGUUGACCAGAGACCGCCAAUCACUACUGACCGCUGUCAGCCCGGGCAGAGGUUUCUGGAGGAAGCAGUUGGAUCACGUCUGUGCUCACCUGAGGAGUUACGCUCAGAACAACGCCCCCUUCAGGGCUCUGCUGGGAGAGCCUCGCCUGGGCCGGCUGGUUUCUGCUGUGAUUCAGGAAGAUCGCUACGAGGUCAGUGUGACCAUCAGCUUCGUGUCGGCGGGGCGGGAAGAGAAACAGGAGCCAGCAGGCGGCAGCGCUGGACCGACUGCAGGUCGGACUGAGACUCUGAGCAGCGUUACAGAGCGAUCCGCCGACAGCAGCGGUCUCAGAAGUCAUCAGUCCACAGGUGUGAUGAAACCUCCCAAACCAAACCCAACACCCAAACCUCCGGUGAAGGACGUUCAGCUGCUGAAGGAGCUCGGUCCAGGUCAGGGUGAGAUCAGCAUCGUCCAGCAGCUCUUGGAUCAGGGGGCGGACCCUUCUUGCUGCGGCAGCGAUGGCAGACACGCACUGGCGGUCGCCGUGGUGAACGGGCACCAUGAUGUACUUCCUGUUUUAGUGCAGCGUGGAGCCGACGUGGACCAGGAGUCUGGACAGAUGAAGAACUCUGCUCUGCAUGAAGCUGCAGUUUUGGGCUCUGAAGGUCUGCAGUCCGCUAGAGUCCUGCUCAGCCUGAAGGCCGGCGUGCGGCGGAGGAACGCCGGCGGUCUGACGGCGUACGACUUGGCGGUGAACUCCGGCUGCAACGACAUGGCGUCUCUCCUGGCUGCUCAGACAGGACUGGACUUACUGGGAAAACUGGGAAAACCCAAACUGAACCUGGACGUGUUCUGACUGGAUGCUCUGUAACACAGGAAGUACCGACUCAUUGAUCGGAAACUGAUCAUAAAGCAGCGGCUUGAUUCUUUGUUACUAAAUAAAUAAACAUGAUUUAUUUAAAUUAAUAAUUUCCUGUAAGACUGUUGACCUCAUGUGACUAAAUAAACUGGCGUUCAGCUUCA